AUGAAGGAGCAAGAGAUUAUCUUGCUUGCUCGUAGAUAUUUUCAGCUGGGAUUUAUUGGACUGCCAUGGUUGUGGCUUGUCAACUUUAUAUACAUAUAUCCUGCUAUUCGCAAACGGCCUAACCUUUCUCCAGUUAUCCGCAAGUAUGCAAUCUACUCUCUCAUUGGUUCGUUGGUGUGGCUGGUAGUCAUUGCCGCCUGGUUAUCAGUUUAUCUGACUCGACGAAAUUCUUGGGGUGCUUUUGGCGAUAAAAUAUCUGUCAAUAUUCCUCUUGGAAAAUAG